AUGACAGACUACUCGACUGCAGAACCCUCCACCACAGGGCGAAGGUCCCCCGUUUUUGGUACUGCUACUUUCUCCACACUCUCCGCUACCCGAACACCUAUGUCUCCUUCAAGGCUCUCGACGUCUGCCCGUUCGCUGACACCUAUCCCUUCUUUAUACGAUAGUGAUGACUCAGAACUUCAGAUGCAACGAAUCGUCGUUUCCCCGUCGCCAUCAAGAGAUUCCGACACUUAUACCUACUCUGACGACAACUCCGUCGAUGAUGCCGCCGAGGUCGAAAUGGCCCUCAGCAUGAUCGACAACGAACUAGCUAAUACUGAAGACGCACUGACAGAAUGGUCCCGUGGUUCGUCCGACCUUGGACCUUCGACAUAUUCAUCCUACACAGGAUAUACAGGCACAGCCCCUCCAUCAGCGAUAUCUGGGGACAUUUAUUCGUCCACGACAAACACAGUGAUGGAUCGCGACCGGAGAGUGUUGAGUACGAUCUCUGAGCACACGGAAAAUGUCAACUCGCGACCGACGUCUUUUGCGCAAUCUGGGGAAACGCGAGGUAGCAGGCCUAACACGCUGCAUGAGAGUGACGGAAAUAGGCGAGUAGACUCGCCUAGCUUUCACGUUAGGGCAUCCACGGAGCCAGCCCACACGCCAACUCGUGCUCUGCCGGCUACCACAAACAGACGGGCGGGGGAACUCAUAGCAUUUUUUGAGGACAAGACCGUCCCAACGCCCGGGCAUACUAGGACAGCAUCGGUGCCCAUGGGUCCGCGUUCUCCCAGUCCCUAUUCGACGACGACACAGAGUCGGUCGAUGCCUACGUUCACGACGAGUUACGGAUAUAGCGGCACCACUGGAUACGGCAGCGGAUACAGCAGUGGUUAUAAUUCGCGACCUUCUUCGCCUACAAAGAGUCGGACAGGCUCGUCGUUGUCCGUGUCAGGACCGAUCACCACAAUGUCUUCACUCCUUUCACCUCCCCCGCGAGUGCCAUCCUCGCUUUCGGGCGAGUCUCGCAUGACCACAACCAUGACCACGACGCAGACAAGCAAUACGCGCAGUGGGACAUCCACUUACACGGGUUCAGGCACUAUCACGAACUCCGACACUUUCACGCGUACAUUCACGAGUUCCGGCUUGAACACGCCCGCUGUGAUGUCUCUCCGUCGACCGCAGACGUCGCCGCGUUCACCACUCACCUCGGUGAGGAACAUUGUUGCAGCAUGGAAGGAGCGCACACCAUCUCUCGGGAGCAAGCCUGCGCGCUCAGCGGGCUCUCCAUCCCCGACCCAGAGUGAGGGGCUGUUUAGUCUGCGAAGGCGUGCCGAGAGGGGAUCUGUGCGGUCGCGGGACAGGAGAUCAUUAUCAGGCGGCAGAAGAUUGAGUAAUACCUCUGAAGUAGAUGUCGGUGCUGCUGCUGCAGGGGGAAAUGGGAGCAAUUCUCAGAGUACGAGUGACUUGUUUCCCCCAGCAUUCGACAUCGCAGAGUUAGGUCAGUACGCGAACGCGCCGGAGUCUCAAGAGCCUCUCCGGAUAGGUUUACUAUGGUACCUCAAUGUGCACGCACCUCCACCCUAUAGAUGGCAGCGAUGUCAGGCACUCUUAUACCCACACAUGCUACUCCUCUCGUGGAUAGCGCCGGGAGGGGGCCGCGGCAUUGUUACUCUGGACUUACUGAACUGCACAGAAGUCAAGUCCGCGCCUUCUCCGAUUCUCCAGACUACAGAAGAUGAUGUUGGCACGAUAGCUGCGAGAAUGCAAACUGAAGAGAUAAUUGCUGCGGGUGGACAGACCAAUGAACCUGGGCUGCUGGAGAUCCUUUGUCCUUUCCAACUGGUAUACAGUGAUGGGAUUGAACGACUCGGUGCUGAGAGCCCUAGAGAGAGAGUAAGAUGGGUUGCCGCGAUAUGGGAGGUGCUGGAGCGAGCUGUUUCCAUUCCCGAGCGUUCAGUUACUCGCUCCCCUACAGGCUCCGUGCGCACGAUGCGCUCUGUCACGAGUACAAGCAGCACACAGUCGGGCUCAGGGUCCAUGUUGACCACCUACGUUCCUCCGCUAGACAGUAUCCCGGACAUCUCAGACGUCCGCUCUAUUUCGAGGUCCAGCACUCGCACUGGUCUGUCGCGCAGACAGUCUUUAGCGUCCGCACAUCACACCCGUGCUACCGACGAUGGGGCAGUAUCUACCCGCGGAUAUUUAUAUCCUGGUGAUCCCCGCGUUAUAGCACCUAGUAGGAGCAGCUCGCUCCGCAGGACAACCUCCUUGACGGAUCUCGACCAAGAAUUCAAUUCCGCUUUGAGGCGUGCCCGUGAAAGCCGCCCAGGCCUUGGAUUUGGUCUGGGACUUGUGGGUGGUGUCCCUAUUGGAGAUGGCUCCCCGGUGACGGUAUCCAGUGGGCCAAGACUUGGCCGUGACGUGUACAUGUCGCCUCCGCCAAGCAGUAUCGGGAGAGGGAGUGACAGAGCCCGCAGUCGCAUCUCCGACACCGCAACGUCGGCUUCGGAUGAGGCGUUUUUCAGUGCGGAGUCCGGGACGGGCGGGACAACUACGCGGCCGUCCACCUUCUACUCAUCGUCGUCCUUCACCAAGAUGCUUUCGACUACCGAAGGUAGGACCACCACAGGUUUAGUUACCGACGAAACUACGCUUGACGUUGUUUCGGGUUCUGGCACGAACAUCGUCCCGUCGACGCUAUCUCUGAGAGGGCCAUCGUCGAACUCGAUGCUGGGCGACUCUCACGACUCGCACAGCAACACCACCAGCUCAUACACCUAUACGUCACCAUCGCGCAGUGGGUUGUCGAGAGCGGGGGGGCUGAGGAGGCGGACACCUGGCAAUGGCGCGCGGUCAUAUUCGACCUCUUACUUGGGCAGCGGAGAAGAGUCUUCUGACAAGGAAAAUUCCGACUCGCACACUUCGUACGAGAGCCGAUCGGUCACGGAGGGCCUCAGCACACUGGAGACGUAUACCAGGACGGGAACCUUCACGCCGAGCGGAACAUAUACGACAAGUGAUUCGUACACUCCGACGGGAACUUACACACCAACGCCGUCGUCGUACUACACUCGCUCUGCCGAGACACGUUCAGCUGAGGAAGAGGAAACGGGAAGUGUGCCAGAAAGCACUCCACCCACCUCUGAAUAUGUUACUGCAAAAACACCAUCAAGUCCGUCUUUUGUUUCGCUGGACACGAUCCCAUCUGAGUCGGGGUACGAGACAGCCGAGGUCUGUUCAACCGAUUACGAGACUGCCCCAAAAUGCCCAUCGGAGCCCGGAUCUGAGUACGAGACCGUCGAAGUAUGUCCCACCGAGCCCCCGAGCGAAUACAUUACCGCAGAGGUCUGCCCGACGGAGGCUUCUACCGAGUACGAUACAGCGGAGUGCAGGUGCCUACAGCGUGACGCGGACGUCAUCAGUGUGGAUGUACCCCCUUCGGAGAUUCCAACGAUACCGGGAAGCGUCGCUGAAGAGCAGGUAGGAGAGGAGGAAGGGUUUCACCCGCUAGAGCGGGGGUUGACGCCGCGCCCGGAGGAUGUCCCUCUUCCACCGUCAGCAUACAGCCCCUCCGUAGUUUCGAGAGAGUUGUUGGAAGCGGAACCUGAAACCCCCACAGCUUCACCUGUCCCUACUCCUUCCACUGAAGUCCCAAGUGAUGAACUACUGUCUUCCACUGAGUCCAUUCCUUUCCCCUCUCCGAUUCCUCCGUGGGAGUUGCCACCUCAUGUCAGCAUUUCUCUGUCGACUGUGACGAGCCCUACGGAGUCUUCUGUGACACCUACACCCUCAAGUAUGCUCACACCUACGGUUCCGUCCACGAUCGAGCAGCCGCCAACACCAUCCAGCCCCGCAAUUCCCGACUCUCGUUGGGGAGCCGAAUCAGACUCGUCGUACGAGUCGUCUAUGCUUAACGCGUCGCCUUCAGUGCAAUCGCUUGCUCUCCCUGAGGGUCUUGAUACCUCGUUCGAAACGUCCUUCUUGCGACCAAGCGGAUCAGUCUCGUCUUCUCAAGGGUUUACUCUUCUCACACCCAUAACAGAGAUAAGUACCGAGUCGUCGGCGUCUGGCGUGUCUAUACCCUCGUCGCCGUCGCCGUCGUUGACCCCCACACCGGCUAGUGCAUCACUUUCUCCGAGUAUCCCAUCGCCCACUCCGAUAUCCGCUGAAUCACCCAUGACCCUUUCACGUUCCCCUUCCUCCGUGUCGUCGAUCUCCAUGAGUUCUUCGAUAUUUGAUGCCCGAUCACUCUUGGAGGUACCGUCCAUUGUGGAGCCCUCCGUUAUCGCGCCUUCAACGGAGCCAUCUCUCCUUUCUACAGCUCGCUCUCCAUCACCGGUCCCAAUGAGAGCGGUGUCGCCACGUGGAAUACCCCUGCCGCCUUCGCCUUCGCCGCCGUCCGUUACGAUGAGUGUGAGCCUGAGUACCCCCCGCCGCGAGGUGCCUUCUGUGAUGUCGACCAUAGAGACGAUUCCGUCCGAGGCUCCGAGCACGAUUCUGACCCACGACGUUAACCGUUUGUUGCAAUAUUUGCAUGAUGCUGACGCAGUUAAAGGAGAGGAGAGCAGAGAGUUAGCGGACAAUGUCCAACAACUCAGGGAGGACGUGGCAGACCUCGCCGACUACCUUCAUCAAGUUUGUCCUCCUUCGGUGACCCCUCCCCCAGUUCCUCACAAGGAUAGAUCAGUAGGAGGGAGUAGCAUUAUUUCUUUUCCUCGUUCGUCAGUCGAAGGCAGUGUGGUCCCUCCUCCGCCCUCGGCAGCUAGCCCAAGCAUAGUCGUGUCUGCUCCACGACCAGGUCCAGCAGGACCACGAGAUCUCUCCCGAGUCGGUGUGAGGGCCACAAUUGUACCGGAAGACCCUGUGAGGAUUUCGUCCCCAGAGUCAUCUGAGAGCGAUGUUUUGUCCUUCCUAUCAUCUCAUCAUUCCGACGAUCUUAGUCUUCUCGAGUCGGAGACGUAUCCGGUGCGCAUCCCCUCACCGUCCUGGCCGUCUGAUUCCAGUCCCUCCCCAGAAUCAUCACCACGUUCAUCAUCGGUGUCAGUGAGACCUCGGUCUUCGUUAGCGUAUUCGUCCGAUGUUAGCGAGCCUGUACCAGAAGCGUUCCCUGCUCCAAUACCGUUGGCUUCAUCUGCGACACCGCCGCCCUCAUCUCCUACGCCGCCUCCAUCGUCUCCAUCUCCGUCAUCAUCAUCCAGCGGCACCGCUCGACCCGUACCUGCUCUCAACCUUGGUCAACUCAGGGAUAUGCUGGAAGGCAUCCGAGAUCAAGUUGAAGGUCUGUCGCAUGGACAAGAUGCUACUAAUCGUGGAUUAGAUGAAUUACGCAACAGACCAAUGGAACAGCGUUGGCAAGAUUGCUGUGACAAGAUUCGUAGAAUGGAAGAAACUCUUCAACGCCUAGUUGAUCUGGCUCAGCAAGCACAGCGACCCCCUCCUCGCGAUGACGUUUCGGAGUCUGUUUAUCCCUCGGAUGAAUCGCUGCUGGAGCACCUAGCUCGAGCUAGGGCGCAGGGCGAUAGAGGCAGCAUAGAGGCUCCACCUGUAGUAGCCCCCGUACCUCGUCGUGCUGGGCCUUCAUUCGACGAGCAACUUGCGGAAUUAAUGGCAGCCGGUCCUCCCCCUCCACAGCCCCCGGUGCAAGAACCACCUCCCUUGGUUCCUCUAAGGUACCGCCCGGGACCCAGGACAUCUCGUCCUCGGAGUUCCAGCCCGGUCUUCGAGGCGGAUCUUCCUCGACGUCCUGGUACUGUACCUAUCCCACAACCUGUACCACCUCGUGCUCCUUUCCAACCACAUCGACGUCGUGCAGCGCGGCCACCGCAAUUCGGUCCUCCGCCCUCUGAAGCUGAGGGAGAAGGACAAUAUCCUCCUCCUCCGGUCGUACCAACAGGCCGUGCUGGACCGGAAGGAGGUCGUCAACCUCGUCCUCCAAGCGAUAUUGAUUUUUUGGACAGGGUUCUUCGUGAUCGUGCGGCUCGUCGUCCGGAUCUCUCAGAUGGAUGGUACACUGGUCCACCCGGCCGUGUUAGACCACCCACUGCCCCACCAGAUCUAGGUGGUGAUGACUCCCGACGCCGUCCUAGCGCUCCGGUAGUUCCGCCCCCUGGUGUUUUCACUGGUGUACCAGGAUCGGCAGGAGUGCCAUCUGCCUUUGUCCCUGCACCGACUGUACUCCAACUGCCUCCGACAUGGAAUGAGUUAAUGACAGUUUUGCGGAACAACCAGGAUGCUACAGCGGCUUCUAUUGAUCAGGGGCAAGAGAUAGUGCGAUAUUUGACCGACUUAAAUCGUUGGUUAUCGCAAGACGUCCUCGACCGUCAACGGGAGAUACGGUCAGUACAUGCGCGGUUACGCGAACUUGGCGAUCACAUGGACCGUGCACUUCCUGUUAGGCAGCCUCAGAUGGCAGUAUCUGUACCCGCUGGCGGGAUUGUUCCGCCGCCUCCUGUACUCACACCUGGAGUUCAGAUGACUGGCGUUGUGCCUCACCAAGUCCUGCCGGAAGGAUUUGUGCCACAAACUGUUCACGUUCAACCUCAGCCUGAGUUUCGUAGAACGCCCUACCCUGAUGUCAGGACGCCGACUCCAGAUUUCUCCCCUGUCAUACCUCGGCAGUCUUAUCUUCAACAAGCACAAGGUAUUCCCGUCGUUCCUGAUCCAAAUUUGUACCCGCAACCCCAACAACUACAACAGCCGCAGCAAACUUAUGUGUACCAGCCUGUUGCUCCAGAUGAAACAGAGGGUGUUGUUCCGAGAUCCCCUUACUCGAGCGAAGGGAGUGAGGAGGACGCUCCUCCACGAAUCACCAUCAUCCCUCCCCCCCAAAUGCCACAAGGUCCCCAGGGACCGCCUGUCACGAUUGUUCCCCCUCAACCUAUACCCAUACCCAUGGUCGAGCCCACCGUAAUGCGCAUGCCUCCGUCGCGAACACCUUCUAUACGGUCACGUCCUUCUGAGGAAUACAGUGACUAUGAGGUUCCGAGACAAUCACCUCCGCCUGAAGUGGUCCACGUUCCAGCUUCGGCUACGGAACCUCGGGCUGGUACACCUCGACACCCUGAUGCUCCCCGCAGUCAGCCGCUUGAGGCUCUUCCAGCUCUGCCACCUGCUCCUACUGCUCCUACUGCUCCUCCUGUGCUUCCUCCAGUUAUCGUUCAACCACUUCCGCCUAGCGUCCCCCAAGUUGUGGAAAGGCGGCCCGCUUCGACUCGACCACCAAGGUCUCCCGUGCCUCAAAGGGAAGAGCCUGCCACGAUUGUAGUUCGCACACAUUCCCCAGAACGGUCACCAUCUCGGGUCAGCUACCGUCGCACGCAUCGCUCUCGUUCAAGAUCGCCGACUCCCGGACUUCCCGUCGUUGUACAGCCGCCUCCAAUGGGCCCAUAUCCUGGAGGACAGAUGCAAAUGCCGUACCCUGUUCCUCCCAGUGGUCCUGUUAUCGUGCAGAGGCCUCGAUCGCGAUCAAGAUCACCCAGUCCUAUUAUACUCCACUCUGACAGGGGUCGUUCUCCCAGCAUAGACAGAGAUGGUCGGCGGCGUAGACCUCGCUCACCGACCGGCGUUGUAGAAGGCGAUCCUCACAGACGCUCCCCAUCACCAACCGUCCUGCAUCGACGAUCGCGUCCCACAAUGAGAGAAGAAUAUUCUCCCAGACGAGCCUCGAGGUCGCCUCCCAUAGUAGUGCGCCACGGGUCAAGGUCCCCCACCAUUCGACUCCCUGGUGAUGUCCGGAGAUCACCACCCAUCAUAAUCGAGGGUGCCCGCCAUCGCUCUCGUUCUCCAACACUAGUGCGUAGUGAGGAACCUAUGAUCGUCCGAGUGCCGACUUCACGCAGAGCUCCUGGAGAAUAUGACGAAGGCCGAAGACCUUUGCGCAGAACCCCAUCUCCUGGAGAAUAUGAAGAGGGUCGAAGACCUUCGCGCAGAGCCCCAUCUCCUGGAGAAUAUGACGAGGGUCGAAGACCUUCGCGUAGAUCUCGGUACGGUAUACCGCGCUCGGAACAAGAACAUGAACGUGACCGCUCGCCUUACUCACCGGAACGAGAUCCCCGCCGUCCUCGACCACCGCGCGCUGAACGCGAAGGUGAACCUCACCGUAUUUCACCAAGUGAGCGGGAACCCUCAAGUUCACCCCCUCGCGUUGUCCGCUCUCCGUCUCGUCGAGCGCCUACUAUCAUUCGCACCGGUACAGGUCGUCGAGAAUCGCGCAGGGGCUCUCCAGGUCCAACUGUGAUUCAUGUCGACGAACCCGAACGUAUUCAAGCGCAAUCACCCACUGAACCUGUGCCUCAUGUAGUCCAAGUCCGAUCUCGUAGACGGCCUAGUGAAGUAACUCUACGGAGGUAUAGCCGAGCUACCCCGGAAGAUGAACACCACGUAGAGGCUUCUCGGACUCCUAGUGAUGUUUCUGCACGGCGUUUAGUUUACGAAGAGGCAGACCGGCCGACUCCAGGCAUUACACGUGCGCCGACUCAGCGAACUGCUCGCACUGCUCGUACCGAGCCGAUCGCUCCACCUGUGGAAGAAGAGGAAGAAGACAUCCCUCAUAUUCCCGGUGUUAUUCAUCCAGUGGAGCGUGUGCCUACAGCCUCGCGCCCUCGGGCUGGUGUUCCUAGUGUCGCUGUGGCACCACCGGAAGAAGCCGAAGAGCCUUAUCUUCCUGAAGAACAUGCCCUUCGGGGGCUGCCUGUGGCGGAACCUGUAGUGAGGGCACCAUAUGCGUCACCACCCCGUACUGCUAUGGAAAUUCAGCCCCGUAGACUGUCCGGUCCAGAAGACCUUGGAUUCGCAGACGCAGAACGUGAACGUCAGGAACGGUUUGGAGAACUCGAGCAACAGCUUACUGGUACUAUUGAUGCCUUGCGAGAAGGUGAGGAGAGAAGAGACCACAGUUUCAGGGAAAACGAGGAUGAAAGAGAUCGUCUCUUCGCUGAGAAUGAGAAUCGACGAGACCAAGAAGCUCUGCAACGCCGCGACGAAAUCUUGCGCGACCUUGAAGACCGAAUUGAAGACCGUUUGGCAGCUGUGGCUCCUGGUGCCGGAGCACCACCGAUACCUGUGCCUCCUCCUGGAGGACCGAGACCCGAGACGGAAGCUGAGGUACCCGUUUUGGAGGAAGGUGCUCCAAUGGCUGCGGAGACUCAGUCCGUCAUUGAAUCCGUCCGCUCCGUCCAGGAUGCUGCAACACGCCACGCCCAAGAGAUUCUGGACACGGUGCGCAUGGAGCGUGAAGAGCAGGCGCACGAACGCGAGAUGGCGCAGGCGGAACGUGAGCGUGUGCAGGCCGAGAAGGACGCCGAGCAUGCGCGUCAGAUGGAGGAACAGCAGGCCAGGAUCCGUGCUUUGGAAGAGGAACUCGCUUCGGUCAAAGCAGAACUCGCGAACGAGCGACAGUUGAGGCUGACAGAGGAGAGUGAAGGACGAGAGCGCGAUCGGGCGGAUUUCCGUGAACAGGUGGACGCGUUAAGGAAUCAGAUGGCGGAUGUCACCAACAUCGCAUCUGAGACGCGGGAUGAAGUGGCUCGGAAGAGCGAGGUGUCUGAUCAGCGGUGGACAGAGAAACUAGCAUGGAAGGAGGAGAAGGACGCAAAGUCUGCCCAAUUGCGGGAAAUGGUGGAGCAAGUCAUCGCAGACAGGGAAGCUUGCAAGGCAGAGAAGGCAGAAAGAAGGGAGGCUGAUACCGAAGAUCGCAGACGGACUAAGGAAGAAAUCAUGGAAGCGAUCGAUACCUUGGCUGCCGCUCAGCGGGAACAAAUGACCAGCAUGUCCGAAAGUUGGCGUGCAGAUUGUGCUCAUUAUCAUGAGAUGACCAUGGAGGCUGUCAGAGCCACUGCUCAGGAACGAAUACCAUUCAAUAUACAAACCUACCUCGAUGAGUUCAGCAAGUCGCUUGCGGCUGAGGUCCGCAUGCUCCUCGGCGAAGUCGGAAAAUUGCGCGAAGAGAAGAGAAACCUGCAGUUUGAACUCGGUUGCCUCCUUACGAUGAAGUCCAAGUACGGUCCCGGUGGCGAGUUUGAUCCCAACUGGAGACCUACGACCGGUCCAUGUGCUGGCGACGGUGCAGGUGGAGGUGCGCCACCACCUGAAGCCCCUCCUCCACCUCCUCCCGAGGAACCUAUCCCAGCUCGUCCUGCUUGGCGCAGCGUGACGCACCGCGGACCUCGCCGAUCCCGCCGUAACCAGCCCGCUGCUGCGGCGCCUCCUGAGGCUCCCCCCCAGGAAGUCCGACCGCCCGUCUCGUCUUGGGCGACUUGGCAACCUGAUCCUCACUUUGUUCCAACGCCUCCGACUGUGGAGCCUACUCUGCUCGCGCCUCCUGAAUCAAGUCCUGGAUUGUUCGGCCCACGAUCGCCACGCGACUCACUACACCAGGAAUGA